AUGGAAAACAGUGAACCAGAUACUAUAAAGGAGAAUUUAACUCUCAGUAUUAUAACCAGAAAAAUUAACCAGCUUCCAGAAGUAGAAAAGAAUCUACUUGAAAAUGGAUCAGCAUACAUUGGAUUGAAUGCUGCUCUCUGUGGCUUAAUAGCAAAUAGUCUUUUUCGACGUGUCUUAAAUGUGACGCAGGCUCGCAUAGCUGCUGGCUUGCCAAUGGCAGUGAUGCCAUUUUUGACAGCAGAACUAUCUUACAAAAGUUUUGUAAGCUUACCUUUGAGUACAGGUAAUUUGAGCUGUGAAACUUGUACUGUAACACGGGGUGGAUUAGUUGGUCUUGUUUUUGGUGGUCUUUAUCCUAUAAUCUUGGCUAUACCUGUGAAUGGUGGCCUAGCAGCCAGGUAUAAUUCAGCCUUGCUACCAGAGAAAGGAAACAUCUUAACUUACUGGAUCAGAAUUUCUAAACCUGUCUUUAGAAAGAUGCUAUUUCCCAUUUUGCUCCAGACUGUGUUUGCAGCUUACCUUGGAUCUAGACAGUAUAAACUACUCAUAAAAGCCCUUCAGCUACCCGAAUCAGGCCUAGAAACUCCCUAA